UUUCCAUGGCGUCUCGUAGGUGUGUGGUGAGCGAUACUGCCGAGUACAGUGCUGUGGCCACCAACCAGCACGGCACGGCCACCAGCAAGGCUUCAGUCACCGUGAAGAGACCCUCAGGAGCCGGGGCGUCCUGCCAGCUCGGGAUAGUGCCUCAUCUGACCGGCAUCCAUCCCAGUAAACUGGAGGUCUCUCUGCUCGACCGCUUCUCGGUCAGCUUCGGUGUGGAAGGCGGAUCCAUCAGCCUGGUGUGCACCAUGGUGGUCGUGCCCGACCUCCCCAACAUACCACCCGUCGCUCAGUGGUACAGAGACGACAAACUGCUGAAACCAAGUAAGCUGGUGGAGAUGGCGGUGGGUGGAAGCGCAGCUCGUCUGACGCUGCCCCACCUGGCCAAGGACGACGAGGGCCUCUACACCCUCCGCAUCUUCACAAAGGAUGGAACCGCCGAGCACAGCGCCUACCUGUUUGUCUCAGAUGCCACUCCCUCUGCAGCCGGGGCCCCUGGUGCACCAAUGAGCGUGAAGGCAUAUGACAUCAACUCGGACUACGUCCUGGUCGCCUGGAAACCGCCCAACACCGUCAACGAGGCGCCAAUCACCGGAUACUUUGUGGACCGGCGUGAAUCCGGCAGCGAGACCUGGGUCCAGUGCAACGACGCCCCGGUGAAGGUUUGUAAAUACCCGGUGCACGGCCUGAGCACGGGACACUCCUACCACUUCCGGGUCCGAGCCGUGAACAGCGCCGGCAUCAGCAGGGCGUCCCGCCAAUCGGACAAGGUGACCGCUCUCGACGCCGCAGAGAGCGAGAGGCUGCAAGUGAUAAAAAUCGAAGGGAAAUACGACAUAGUGAUCAGAGACGAUGACCUGGAAGGUACAGUAAGAAACAGACUGAUCUGGGUUCAGAUUCCUGCUUGAAUCCUUUAAAUCCUU